AUGGAGAAGCUGGAGGCCUUGUUUCCUGUGCGGGGCAUGGAAACCAUGAGCAGAAAAACCACAGUGGUAUUCUUCGAGACUGACGACGGGACUCGGGUGCGAGAUGUACUCAGAACGCUUCAGCAGGAGCGAUGGUGGAAAAUGCUGAUGGUUGCACGCGUCAGUGGAAAUGGAAAUGAACGAUGUACCCGGGUGGGUGCUGUUCAUCUCAAGACUGUCGAGAAAGUGACACGGAUUGGCGUCAUCACCGGAUCUUUCCUUCCAAGUGUCCCGUCCUUUGCUGCCAUGACGGACAGGUAUAACUGCAGCUUCGCUGACUUCCUGUCCCCGCCGGUCGAGAGAUGUCAGGUGGAUGGGCUGUGCAACCGCAGCUUCCAGCUGGUGGAGAACAUUAGCGUCACGCUGGAGGACCUGUGCCUGAGCCAGGAGGAGUUCCUGAGGAGGCACCUGGGCCCUCGGCGCUCCCCGGUCUUCCUGCCGGUUUGCGUCAGUUUCCUGCUGAUCUUCCUAGUGGGCGCAGUGGGAAAUGCACUGACCUGCGCGGUCAUUGCCGGCAACAAGGUGAUGCACACGCCCACCAACUACUACCUGUUCAGCCUGGCUGUGUCGGACCUGCUGGUGCUGCUUCUGGGCAUGCCGCUAGAGCUGUACGAGAUGUGGAGCAACUACCCUUUCCUCUUCGGCCAGUGGGGCUGCCACUUCAAGACCUUCCUCUUUGAAACGGUCUGCUUCGCGUCCAUCCUCAACGUCACGGCGCUCAGCGUGGAGCGCUACGUCGCCGUGGUGCACCCACUCCGGGCCAAGUACGUGGUGACACGGGCGCAUGCCAAGCGGGUGAUCCUGGCGCUGUGGGCGGCCUCCAUGCUGUGCGCCGUGCCCAACACCAGCCUGCACGGCAUCAGGCUGGAGUCCAGGUUCGGACACCAGCUCCCCGAGUCGGCCACCUGCACCCUGAUCAAGCCCACCUGGAUCUACAACCUGGUCAUCCAGGUGACGACGGGCGUCUUCUUCCUGCUGCCAAUGCUGACUAUCAGCGUGCUCUACCUGCUCAUCGGGCUGCAGCUCAGGCGCGAGAAGAUGAUGCGGGUCAUAGAGGCCAAGUCCGGCCUGGACCGGAACGGCUACAGCAGCACCCAGAAGGUGCGGCAUCGCCAGGUCACCAAAAUGCUCUGUGUGCUGGUGGUGGUCUUCGGCAUCUGUUGGGCGCCCUUCCACGCCGACCGGCUGAUGUGGAGCUUCAUCAAGGAGUGGACCGAAUCCCAAAAGCAUAUGUUCGAGUGCGUUCACAUACUCUCGGGGGUCUUCUUCUACCUGAGCUCUGUCGUCAACCCCAUCCUCUAUAACCUGAUGUCCACCCGCUUCCGCGAGAUGUUCCGGGAGGUGGCAUGCCGGCGUGGCAGACGCGGCUAUUCACCCAGCGUGACACGGGUGACCCGGUUGACCCUGCGCAGCACCGUCUGCGAGGCACCGCCUGGACUCGGUGCGCUGGGAUCCGAGGGGGAGGAUGGCCCUCGCGAACAGGAGACCGCAGCACCUUAA